UCACUACCUAAUUCACGGAGUAAUAAGCAGUAUUGAUAUUUUGUUAAUUAGCGUAAUGAACAAAACGUAGAAAUCCCCAUCGUAAAAGAUAGCAGAGGUGUAACGUAGUGAUCAGUCAACCUGGGCAUGCCAAAGACAAACUUUUGAAGGCUCACUAAGCACCUAGUAGUCACACCGUCAUCUGGUAAUGGCGUACAAAAUGAAGACAACGCAUUGAAUUAUUAAUGUAAACAUUUAUAAAGCAAACCGUCGAUGUCGACUCUGGUACCUUGAAAGGUGAGGGUAGCCUCCAAAUGAUGUUAUGGAUAACAAUUGAUGUUAAUUCUUUCAGAGCUGACGAUCAAUAUUUGGAGGAAAAUAUAAACAAUGGAUAUUUCGGUUUCAUUCGCCUAUCGAUCUCUGAGUUGGAGCGAUCAUUUAUAAAAUAAUGUAGGAUUGCAGGGAUUCGUUAAGAAAUAUAGACACAUUGGAUGGGGAAUGGAUGCAAGAGAUUCAAUAUAAUAUACCCUAAUGGACUGAACGAUUUAUUGAGUUGAUGCAACAGUAGAUAUAAUUAUGCUAAAUCAAGAAAUCCGAGUCCGAUGAAUUCAGUUUUUCGUGGAAUACUACACAAUUCAGUGAUCAACAGUAGAAAAGAAUAUUUAUAUAACACCGAACGCAUUGCAAAAAAUUCAAUAUCUGUCGUACGGCUGGGAAGCUUUCAGGAUAGUAAUAUAACACUACAAUUAAUUUUCCCUCUACUCAGUAUCAAAAAACUUAUAUGGAUAUCAUAUACCUAAACAAACGAUGGAUGUACAAUGUAUUUCUAUAAUGGGAAUUACAGUAAAGUUUAGCAGUAUGGUUUACUGAGGGAUGCUAUACAUUAGGGACGCACACCAAUUUGUGAGAUGAGUUUAGUCGAAAAUCCAGGUAUACCCCUUGUUGGGUUAAAUGGAAAACUUAAAAAAUACAAGACAUUAGAGAAUGAAAUGGUGGAUGCACCCCCGGGCAGAUUUGAGACUGUGGGUAGCAGAUUGGCAAGGAGAAAGGAACUCUUUGUAAAGAGAAAGCGAUCUAGUGAUGUGGCGCUAAUUUUCGCUCUAGUGGGUAUUCUUCUAAUGGUGGUUCAGACGGAGCUUACGGCAGCCAAAGUGUACCCCCGAUCCUCCCUUCCAUCGCACUUAAUGAAAAUGGCUAUCACGGCUUCCACGGUGGCAUUACUCAUAUUCCUAGGUAUAUAUCAUCGUCUAGAUGUACAAUUAUUUAUUGUUAAUAACAGUGUUGAUGAUUGGAGGAUUGCGAUGACUGCCAGAAGGAUAACACAGAUGACAGUAGAAUUCAUUGUGUGUUCGAUUCACCCAAUCCCUGGGGACUUCUACACCACUUGGCCAGCUACUGUAGCAGAGGGGGAACGUCACAGAAGUCUUCGAGUUCCCCUAGACACUAUACUCGCACUGCCAAUGUUUCUACGGCUUUUCCUAGUAUGUCGUUUUAUAAUGUUGCAUAGCAAAUUGUACGAGGACGCCUCGUCACAAAGUCUUGGGGCUCUGAAUCGAAUACACUUCAAUUUCAGAUUCAUUUUUAAGUCUUUAAUGACAAUGCACCCUGAUUAUGUGUUGACCAUCAUCAUGAUUGUGUCGUUUUUGAUAGCGAGCUGGGCACUACGAAUGUGUGAAAUGAGCGACAACACGGAUGAAUCUGUUCAUUCGAAUUUCCUUAACACGAUGUGGUUAGUAGCUAUUACAUUUCUCUCCGUGGGAUACGGGGAUAUUAAGCCAAGCACCUACUGCGGCAGGGGGAUCACCGUUAUUACAGGUAUGAUGGGAGCUGGCUGUACAGCCCUCGUUGUUGCGGUAUUAGCCAGAAAAUUAGAGCUCAGCCGGAGUGAGAAAUACGUUCAUGACUUCGUCCUUGACGUUGACCUUGACAAGAGACUAAAACACGAAGCUGCAAAUGUCAUGAAAUCAGGGUGGUUUAUUUACAAAUUUCGUAAAGUGAAAGUAAACACCUCUAAAGCUUUGAAGUACCAGACAAAGCUGCUGGAAGCUAUUUAUAACAUUCGCCAAAUUAAAGCUGCACAACGACGUUUAUUGGACGCCUCCGUCACUCUGACCGAGAUGAAUAAAUCUCAAAACGAGACAAGUAGGUCAGUGGAGCUUAUUCGAUGUAAGCAACUAACUUUGGAGGAAAAAGUGGAUAACAUUGAGUCCAAAAUCAUGUCUCUUCACGACAAGUUAAACUCCAUACACAAAGCGUUGAGGGAAUAGGUACUGAUUCUAGAAUUUCUUUACUAAAAGAACUAAACUUUCCUUCUUAAAACACACUAAAGUUAGAAUAUUGCACCUGUCUUAUAUAUAUGUACUUUCUUAUUCACUCAUAUUAGAAAUAUCAAUUAGAUUUAUUAAUUUGAAGAAAAUGUUACAUGUAUAUGCUACAGAAUUCAUAUACUUAUGACAACCUAGGUAUUUUAGAUUUCUGCAUAGCUUGGAAUGAAGUGAUUAAAACUAGUCUUUUAUAAUGCUGAACUUAGAUAUA